AUGUCCGUGACAACAACAGAUAACGCGCGCAUCACAUCCCUCCGCCACGCCCUAGCCGACUACGACCUCGUCCUCAGCCAACCAGACGACGAUCGCGCCGCGCGUGCACCACCCCCAGACGCACACCCAUUGCCUGCGAACGCACCAUCGAGUAAUCCGGCGGGAUGGGAGGAUCAAUGGAGAAGGGUGCCAGCAUAUCGGCCGAUGAACAACCAAUUAGAUGAUCAAAGGGAGGUAUAUUCGAACGAGAUCGAGCACAACUUCAUCCGCGUCAUGUUCGGAGGUGUGUGGAUGAUGAGCACAGCAAGUCAUCUGUGGAGAGCAACGGGAGGCAAAAUCAACAGCGAGUAUUUCAAGCUCAAGGUUGGAGGCGAGUGGUGA